AUGGGUGUAAAAACCGUUAUAUCUGCAACUGCUGUCAUCACAGCAGCAACAACUCUUUUCUGUAUCUUCUCAGUUGGUCAAAUAUUCAGUGAUAUUAAUUCUUUCUAUGAUCAAGCUAUCAAAGAAUUGGAUAACUUCAAGGAUGUUGCUAACUCAGCUUGGCAUGAAAUGAAACCAUCUCCAGCUGUUUUCCGUGAACGCCGUUCGUCUCCAAGAUCAGCCAACAUUCAUAAACGGCAGAUAAUACCAGGACUUCCUGGUGUUCCAGGGUUGCUACCCGGACUGUUCCCAGGAGGAGAAACAUGUCAAUGUGCCGCAAGAGCUGCAGCUUGUCCACAAGGACCACCUGGACCACCUGGAACUCCUGGAUUGCCUGGACUGAGUGGUUUAGACGGUUUACCAGGUAGCAACGGAAUUCCUGGAAUAGCCCAGAUUCCAGGGAUACCCCAAGGCGAGUGCAUCACUUGUCCGGUUGGUCCACCUGGACCACGAGGAUCUGAUGGAGGUGAAGGACCUCCAGGACCAGACGGAUUUCCUGGAACCCCAGGAAACGGCCCCGGAGGAAUGGGACCACCUGGACCACCUGGACCACCUGGAGAUGCUGGUUUCGAUGGAGCUCCAGGCAUUAACGGCCUUCCAGGAAGACCAGGUCUUCCUGGUGUUAGAAUUCGAAAUAUGCCAGGAUUACCGGGGCCAAUGGGGCCAAUUGGGCCUCGUGGAACUGAUGGGGGAAGAGGUGAAAACGCUGGACCUGGUAGCCCUGGACCUGCAGGCCCUCCAGGCCGUGACGGGAUUCCCGGACUUCCAGGAACUCCAGGACUACCCGGUACUCCUGGCCUCCCAGGAACCCCCGGAGGUGACGCUGCUUAUUGUCCAUGCCCUACUCGUUCUAUGGCUAUGUUCCGUAAAGUUGCAGCUCGUAAAAAAGUUCGUGCAGUUCGUAAAGUUGUCAGGCGUUUCAAGCAUUAA